CAUGUUGUCCUCACGCGGCACGCGGCAGAAGGACUGCUGAAGCCGGAGCGGUAACAUGGCAGAUGAGGAGGACCUGGGGCUCGCGCCCGCCGCAGCUGCCUCCUCGCCGGAGACCCCCCACACCGGCCGGCCCCUCUCGGUUUCCUUCUCCGAGAGCUUCCAGCCCGCCGUCGGGAUGAUGAGCCAGCUGCUGACGCAGCCGUCGUCCCUCAAGUUCGACAAGAACAUCAAGCAGGCCUUCUACAACACCGGGGCGAUGAUCUUCGUGGCCAUCUGCUGCGCGGCGGCCGUCCUGGUCUACUUCAUCCUGGAGGCCUUCCUCCGCCCGCUGCUCUGGGCGGUGCUCUGCGGCACGUUCCUCCACCCCUUCAAGCACUCUCUGGCUCGGCUCGGCCGCUCGUGGCUCAGCGGCCUACAGGACACCGGGACACCCAUAGUGCUGGGGACGCUGCUUGUCCCGGUGUGGUGCGUCAACUACGGGGCGGAGGCGAUGGGCAGGCUGGUGCUGGAGAGGCUCACGGUGCUCCUGGUGGUCGGAGCCGGGGCGCCGCUGGUCUACUUCCUCUACCUGUCCUGGAGCGUCAUCGGCGUGCAGGUGAUCAUCGGACACGUCUGCUGGGCCAUCGGAGUCCUACUGGACUGCUUCCACGUUGUGUGGGUGUCCAGCGUUGUGGUGGGUUACCUGCUGGCCGUCUGUCUGAAGUGGAGUCCUCAGACGGAGCGCUACCUGAAGGCUUUGGCUCUUCCCGUUUGGGCUUCACUGCUCUUCUUCGUCGUGUCUCUGGCCGGCUCGUGGAGAGUUCCCGUGUUUGUGGUUGUGGUGAUCCUCCUCGUCGUGGGCUCCCAGGAGAAAACACCUGUUCCCGGAAGAGGAGAGCUGCCAGGACAGAUGCUGUCGUUUGCAGCCAACACCAUUUACAUGGCCAUUUCCUGCAGCAACCUUCAGCCGAGGCCUGAGCUCAGCACCAGCUCCACCACGGACGGUGUUCAGCCACAAGGCCCCGUGCCCGCCACCCCACGCCUCCGUGGCUCCCUACAGGCCAGCCUGCAGAAAGAGAAGAGCACCCGUAAAGCCAGCGACAUCUACUUCAUCCUGCUGGUCUGGGCCAUCGUGCUCGUUCAGGUGUGGCUCAACCUCUGGAUCCUGCAGCUCCUGCCCAUCCCUGUGGCCGUGUGGGUACUGAAGAAGCUGGUGGUUCGCUUUGGCCUGAAGAGCUUUGCGGAGCGGACCGUCAGCUCAUGGUGGACUGUCCUGGAGAAGUUUGGACGUGAGCGCGAGGAGGCUUUGUUGCCUGGACCAAUCAAAGGCCUGGCUCAAUUCAUGCUGCGUGUCGACACUAAGCUCUGGCAUUGGCUUAACAAGCAGAUGAUCGUGUGGUUGGAGCGAUCGUUGGAUAAAAUCAUCAGCAUCUUCAUCAUCUUCCUCCUGGUCACGGGGACUCUGCUCAUGGCUCUUCUGCUCACCGCUAUGGUCCAUCAUGAAAGUGCUCACAUCGUGGCGGUAACCAGUAACCUCAUCAACGAGACUCUGUCUAACCACCCAGAAUGGGCCAAUUGGCUUCCAGAACCCCGGGUUGUGCAGAAAGCUCUGAAUUCAGCUGCUUCUAAUGUUUAUCAGCAUGGGAGAGAGUGGAUCACGCAGAAGCUCCAUAAGAUGUUGGGAGAGAAGGUGAACAACACAGCGGUGAUCGAGAAGCAGGUCCUGGAGCUCUGGGACCGACUGUACCAUUCCUGGUUUGUAAAGAAUGUGACCUACUCUGGUCGCCACCGACACAAGAUGAUGGCUCAGAGACAGAACAGCUGGCUGGGGGACAUCCUGGACUGGAAGGACAUCGCCUCCUUUCUGCAGGAGAAUAUUGAGACGCUGCUGUCGAUCUUAGAGUCCCUGUGGGUGGUGAUGAGCAGGAACGUUGGCCUCCUCAUCUCCACCACCACCACCCUUCUCACCGUGUUGUUCCACAGCGGCACGGCUCUGCUCAACUUUGCCCUGAGUCUGGUGAUCUUCCUCACCACUCUGUUCUACCUGCUGAGCUCCAGCGGAGAAUAUUACAAACCCGUGAAAUGGGUCAUCAGCCUGACGCCCCUGUCUCAGCCUGGACCUUCCUCCAACAUCAUCGGCCAGUCUGUAGAGGAGGCCAUCAGAGGAGUGUUCGACGCCUCUCUGAAGAUGGCCGGCUUCUACGGCCUCUACACUUGGCUCACGCACACCGUCUUUGGCAUCAACGUCGUCUUCAUCCCCUCUGCUCUGGCUGCCAUCCUGGGGGCGGUGCCAUUCCUGGGGACCUACUGGGCGGCGGUGCCGGCGGUGUGUGACCUCUGGUUGGCUCAGGGUCAAGGCGUCAAAGCUCUGCUGCUGCUCAUCUGCCACCUGCUCCCCACCUAUUGUGUGGACACGGCCAUCUACUCUGAUAUAUCAGGAGGGGGACACCCGUACCUGACGGGUUUGGCGGUGGCAGGUGGAGCCUACUAUCUGGGUCUAGAGGGAGCCAUCAUUGGACCCAUCCUUCUCUGCAUCCUGGUGGUGGCAGCUAACAUCUACAGCGCCAUGCUGAUGAGUCCCAGUUCUGCAUUACCCACACCGGUGCAGCCCAACUGGCCGGUCCACCCCAUGAGGACCUUCGUGGACUCCACUCCCUCUGUUCUGAAGAAAAGCACCGAGUCCUAGUGAGAGGGUUCCUGAUGGCUGACUCCACGGGGCACUCGCCCCCUGCCCGCCCCCGCUUGGAGCUCCUCUAAAGGCCGGCUGGCUCCAUGAGGUCAUCCUGGACCAAGAAGUGAAGGUGACGGAUGCUAACCGGAGCGAGUGGUUUAUCUGAGCUGCGUGGGUCCGAGUUCUAGAGCGGGACCAGGAGAAGCACCGAUCGCUCCACUUGUGACCAAACAGGUUGACUUUCACGGUGACCCGUGUGGAGGCGGCUGAGGCUUCAGUCACCAGGUUUCUUCAUGAGGCCGUUCACCAACAGCGCGGGAGGACGUGGACAUGAAGAUCUAACCAUUUUAGUUUCUAUGAUGGUCCAAAAGUCAUCAGCCGAGGAUUCUAACCGGUUUAACUCUAAAAGUAAAGAUUUAGUUUCACCAACAGGAUGUUAAACAAGAGCUUUUAUUUAUGUCUUCAGAUGAGAAGUGAUAACAUGCUGAAACGCGGGGGGGGGGGGGGGGGGGGGUCCUCUAACCAACAGCUGUUUGUGUGAAGAUGAGCUGAACUCUUCUGCUGCAUAAAGACCUUCAGCAGUUUAUUUCUUCCUUUAACGCGUUGCUCAUGUUUACAGCCCUAAACGGAGACCGGACCGGGACGGUCACCACGGAUGACUUCAUGGUUUGGUUCUCACGGUUGAGACACAAGUGAAUCACACUGAUGUUAGUGAACUUCUGCUUUGUUUAAGUGAAAAAGGAAAGUUGUUUUAUUUAUUUCAAGCUUUAAUAUUGUUUGUUUUUUACACUCGUGAUGCGCAGACGAGCUCCCGGCCUCUGAGCGGGAGCACAUUUACACUCAAAGCACUUUUGUCACCGUCAGGAUUCGCACGGGAGCACUUUCAGGAUUUCCCGACUCGGAGACAUCUGCUCACCUCCGGCGCUUUAAGGCUCCGUUAUCCGGAGCGAAUGGAAAGCCUUACAGCAGUUUACAUCACUGGAAGCGUUAAGACUGCAGAUGUUGUACAGAUGUGAGCCGAGAGACUGGACUGGAUAUGCACUGAAUAAAUCUGGUUUUAAUCUC